UUCAUCUCUCCGGAGUAUAGUCCAAACGCACUAACACACUUUAUCGCUCUCGUCGCCAUAACACAAGGAGUAUAAGCUCAGUGCUAUUCCUCAAAAUAAAUACACAAAAAUAUUUUGUAAAAAACAAAAUUAAUUUGUUACCAAUUUUUUGUUGUUACACAAAGAAAAUAAAAUAAACAAAAUGCAAGGCAAAAUGGUGCAAUUAACCAGUGCAGUGAUUUUGUGUUUGGCCCUUUUCGGUCAAUCGGUGAUGGCAAAGCCAGGAUAUGCAUCAGGAUACGAUGUUGACUAUUAUGACCAUCCAAAAUAUAGUUUUAACUACGGCGUUGCCGACCAUCACACUGGCGACGUGAAAUCACAACAUGAAACAAGAGACGGCGAUGUUGUCAAAGGCCAAUAUUCGCUGGUUGAGCCCGACGGUUCGAUCAGAACCGUAGACUACACAGCUGAUUCGGUAAAUGGAUUCAAUGCAGUUGUAUCAAAAAGCGCACCAACCGUUCAUGCACAUGCAGUUGUUGCCAAACCAAUCGUACAACCAAUCGUAAAGCACGUUGUUCCAGCCGUUCACAAGACCGUCUAUGCUCAUCCAGCACCAAUCGUUCACGCCGCUGAACCACACUAUGCCGCACCAGCAUACGGCCAUUACGAUUAUGAUGCCUAUGACAACCACUACGCCUAUGAGCCACACCAUGGCUCAUAUGAACCUCACCAAUAUGAACCACACCAAUACUCACACUACUAGAAGGUGAACCGCGCUGAACAGCAAGCCAAUAAUUUAGAGCACAUUUGGCCAGCAAUCCCAUCAUUUGGAAUUAGAUCAACCGCCGUUUUUUUGUACAUUUGAAUAAGCAGCAACUAAAUUCGAUAGAAAAUUCGAAAUUUGAACAGAAGAGACACAUACUUUAUUUAAAUUAUGUAACUUUUAACCUAAGGGAAAAAAAUAAAAUCAAAGAAGAAGAAGAAGAAGAAACAGACGCUGACAAUGACAUCUCCCUCCGUGACGUAAUCUUUUUUACGGAUACCGGAAGGAUAUUUGAAUCGACCAUCAACACAAACGGACUUUCAUGAUAUAUAUAUAUAUAUAUAUAUAUAUACAGGAAAUACAUCGUGAAGUAACGCUGAACGACUUUUUUCAUUGCCAAUACAAACAAAUCUAUCAAAUUUUUGCACAAAUGUAAUGACAACCCUUCAAAAUUACUUUAUACUAUAUAUUUAAAAUUGAAGAAUGAAAACUUUUUUAUAUUUUUAUGAUCGAAAUUUUAUGAGAAUAAUGUGAACGAUUUAUAAAUAAUAAAAAGAAUUUUACACAAAAAA